AUGCAUUUUUACUGCAUCAAUGUUACCGUGGUGGUGGAGGAGAAGUCCUGGGAGCAGGCUCUGGAGCACUGCAGAGAGCACCACACCGACCUCAGCAGCCUGCUCUCUGAGACGGACAACCUCCUGGCACUGAAACAGUUCAACAAAGUCCGCACCACCGAGCGAGUGUGGAUCGGCCUGCGUUACCUAGGGGACCACUGGCUGUGGGUGAACGGUGACCCUCUGGAGUAUGAGGCCUGGCCCAAGAGAGGAGUUCAGGAGCACCAGUGUCCUAUACAGAAACGCUGUGGAGCUUUAACCAAAGAGGGGCUGUGGGAGAACUGGGACUGCAAUGAUGAACUGAACUUCAUCUGCUUCUAA